ACUCUUUAUUCAGAGUCAUAAUUCAACUCUUACUAUUUCCUUUCCUUCAUAAAAAAAAAAAAAACUUUGUUCUAAAUCUGUCAUAGCUAUGAAGUCUUCUAGCAGAAACAGCUUUUCCUCUGCCACCACCGUUACCUACUUUUCAGAAAAUGACAAAUCAACCCCAAAAGUUAUCCAAAUUCCUAUUCAGUCCCCGCCUGUAAAUGAACCAGCAAAAAACAAUGCUGCUAUUAAGAUACAGUCAGCUUAUAGGUCUCAUAUAAUUCGAACCCUUGUAAAGAAGAUCUCAGCCGUUGAUUCUGAAGCCAAUUAUUUACAACGUCUUAUCCAACGACAGGACACAGUUGAUGCCGUAAGGUCUAGUGAACGAGAGAGAAUCAGGAUGAACGAGGCACUAAUGGGUCUGUUAUUGAGAUUAGACUCAGUGCCAGGAGUUGAUCCAAGAGUCAGGGAGCUUAGACGAGAAGUGAGCCACCGGAUCGUGGGGUUGCAAGAGAUAUUAGAUGCUGUUUCUGACACUAAGAUUCAAAACUGGGAUGGAUAUUUGAUGGACUGGGAUGAUGUUGUAGAGAGGAUGGAAAUGGAGGUAUGCAAAGAGAGAGGCGGCGGGAAUGAAUUGGAGACGUUUUGUGCUGAGCAUUUGGGUUUUCGGUGCCUACAAAGGUUUCUCCGUGACCAAUGAUCUUAAUGUUCGGAAAUGUAUUAUCAUCUUUCCUUUCUUGUUAAUACAUUAUAUAUAUCUAUAUCUGAAUUGUAAUCCUGUUGUAAA